UCCUCCUCCCCCUCCCGCGGUACAGAAAUAGAAAGGUUUUGGGCACUUCUAGUAGUGAGCGUGAGGACACAUCAGCAAAAUACAUCUGUCACAGUUUUAACCAGGCUCCGAGUCCGUGUGGUUAUCAAUAAACCGGGAGAAAUCUUCACUCUGCUCGGCAGCAUCAGUCUGACACCCAGGAGAGGAUAUUGCACAGCGCUGCACUAGUUUGUAAAUAAUCCAAGUUAAGACAGAUUUCCGGGAAGUAUUAUCUUUCCAAUAAUACGUUUUGUCAGUCAAAGAGGUAACUUAACACUUUCAAAGCGUAAGAUUUUUGAGGGAAUGGCAUUGGACUUCGCUGCAGGCUGCAUAGGAGGUGCUGCUGGUGUUUUGGUCGGACAUCCAUUUGACACAGUGAAGGUGAGACUUCAAGUUCAAAAUGUGGACAGACCUCUGUACCGUGGGACAUAUCACUGCUUCCAGUCAAUCAUACGGCAGGAGUCGAUGACCGGUCUGUACAAAGGCAUCGGCUCUCCUAUGAUGGGCCUGACCUUCAUCAAUGCCAUAGUGUUUGGCGUCCAGGGCAACGCCAUGCGCAAGCUUGGCCGUGACACGCCUCUCAACCAGUUCCUGGCUGGAGCGUCAGCAGGAACCAUCCAGUGUGUCAUCUGCUGCCCCAUGGAGCUGGCCAAGACGCGCAUGCAGCUGCAAGGGACUGGAGAGAAGAAGUCUAAGCGGAAGCUGUACAAGAACUCCCUGGACUGCCUGGUGAGAAUAUACAAGAAGGAGGGGAUCCGAGGGAUAAACCGCGGCAUGGUGACCACCCUGAUGCGCGAGACGCCCGGGUUCGGGGUGUACUUUCUCGCUUGGGACACGUGGACCCGUUACCUGGGCUGUGAGCCGGAGGACCCUUACAUGAUCCUCAAGCUGUUGUUCGCCGGUGGAAUGUCUGGCAUCGCUUCCUGGAUCUCCACCUAUCCCGUGGAUGUGAUCAAGUCGCGUCUUCAAGCGGACGGGGUGGGCGGGGUCAACCAGUACAGUGGCAUUAUGGACUGUGUCCGACAGAGCUUAAAGAAGGAGGGGUGGAGGGUGUUCACACGCGGGCUCACGUCCACUUUGCUCCGCGCGUUCCCAGUCAAUGCUACCACAUUUGCCACUGUGACUCUAUUUCUGAUGUACAUGCGCGAGGGACAAGAGUGUAGCAUUGAGGACUCGAAGCAGCAGCCUGUCCCGCUGCAGCAGCCUGUCCCGCUGCAGCCACAGACGCAGCCAACCAGCAUGUGAGCUUUACGUCAGUCCGCAGCAAGUGUGAUGACAGGAAGAUGAAAUACGAUGUUGAACGUAGGUCUAUGAUCUGUUAACCGGUGUCUAUAAUGAGAAAGGUAAACUGAUCCUAGGUUAGGCCAUGGAGCUUUAGCCAAGUGACCACAUGUAUUAUUUAAAUAAUAUAUAUAUAUUUUAAGAUUAAUGCUGCACUUGUAAAUAUGGCAUGGUUUUUUUUAAAAGGUCCUUGGUUUUUUUUACACUUUUUUUUAGUUUUAAGUAAUUUAGGACCGUUACAUAAGUUACUACAAAAAAUACAGUGGCAGAUACAGAUGUUUCUAAAGGUUAGAGUAAAAUAAGUACGGUCUUUAAUGCUGUGCGCUAGAGUAGCAACUGUUAGUGACUAAUUCAUUGGGGGGAAUUUCAAGGCAAAAAUGGCAGAAAGUACUGUUUUCAGCCUCCAUGAUGUGGAUAUUUGUAGCUUUUCAUAUGAUAUUAAACAAAAAGCUCUGGGCUCUGGACUGACAAAACAAGACAUUUAAAGACAUCACGUUUGACUUUGAGAAACUGAAUAGGGCAUCUCAUUAGAAAGAAUCAACAGCAUUAAAAGAAAUAGUAAAUGUUUACUGUAUUUCUUGCUAAUUUCACUCAAGUAAAAUUAGUGUAUUUUUUAAAUACACAUGUAAAAUGUUUCUUGUAUCAUUUGAGCCAUCCAUAUUGUUCUCUCCCUGAUGUCCAUGUCAAGUCAUCCGCUCUCUGUUUUCCUCUAAAGUGUUAACACUACAUUCUUAUUUUAAUGGUUACAAAUACAAACAGACAUACACAUGUAGAAAUUGUUGUAUUCUUUUUUGACUUUACAACUGUAGUUCAGCUUUCCUAUGAGAAGGCAUAGGAAUUAGAUGCAGAGAGUUGCUACUGUCUGUAGUUAUAAUUGGGAUGAUUACAGGCUCAGGCAUUGGCCCAUUACAUUAUGAAAUAACAUGGUGUAGAUAGUCGUCUACAAAUAAAUAAUGUUUAAUGUUUUUAAACACAAUCAUUGUGCUAAACCAAAUCUGAUGCAGUCUAUUUGUUCUGGACAUUGUAAAGUGUCCAAGGACAGCACCUUAUGG